CCUGUACGCAGUUGUCCUCGGACAUCUGUACCGUUGCUGGGUAAUUACGGCCGCAUCCCCGGGGCUCUUUUAAACUCCGUUGCUUGACUAACGGGUUUUCCGUUGGGAAAUCUGAGAACCCAAAGGGGGUGAGACGAAGAGUCUCACUUUUUGCAUCUUUCCUCUUUCUCUCACAUCCCUUUUUCGCUAAUUAUGCAGUUUCUUUGAUUCUAACUCCUCAACAAGGAGUUUGGGUAAUGUCGUUGUUGAUUCUUGCUCAGUGAUCGUCAGGGAUGUGAUUUGGAAUUGGGGAUGGUUACCCGAAACGCAGACUCUUCUCAGGGAGAUGGUGGUUUGCCCUCUCCUCCUCCCCCUCGGCCGGAGGCUGAUCAGCUGCCUUAUCAUUCUGGCAAUACUGUUUUUAAGAGCGGGCCACUUUUCAUUUCGUCAAAAGGAAUAGGAUGGACAUCAUGGAAGAAAAGAUGGUUUAUUUUAACUCGUUCAUCAUUGGUCUUCUUCAGAAGUGAUCCAAGUGUUGUUACUCAAAAAAGCAGUGAAGUGAAUCUUACCCUCGGUGGUAUUGACCUAAACAACUCAGGCAGUGUGGUUGUUAGAGCAGAUAAAAAACUCUUGACUGUGCUCUUCCCUGAUGGUCGUGAUGGGCGAACUUUCACACUCAAGGCUGAGACUUCAGAGGACCUACAUGAGUGGAAAAGUGCACUUGAGACUGCUUUGGAACAAGCACCAAGUGCGGCUCUUGUGAUGGGACAGAAUGGCAUCUUCAGGAAUGAGGCAGCUGAUUCAGUUGAUGGCACUUUGGAUCAGUGUAGAGAUAAACAGCAAUUGAGGUCCAUAGUUAUUGGUAGGCCAAUUUUACUUGCUUUGGAAGAUAUCGAUGGAACUCCGUCUUUCUUGGAAAAAGCCCUUAGCUUUCUAGAACAGUAUGGAGUCAAAGAAGAAGGUAUCUUGCGACAAGCUGCCGAUGUUGAUGACGUUGAACUUCGAGUUCGUGAAUAUGAGGAAGGAAAAAGUGAGUUCUCUCCAGAGGAGGAUGCACAUGUAAUUGCUGAUUGUGUUAAGCAUGUACUUCGGGAAUUACCUUCAUCCCCAGUUCCUGCAUCUUGCUGCAAUGCACUACUAGAAGCAUACCGAUCUGAUCGUGGUGUAAGAAUCAAAGCCAUGCGUGCAGCAAUAGCUGAAACUUUCCCAGAGCCAAAUUGCCGCUUGUUGCAAAGAAUACUUAAGAUGAUGCAAGCUGUGGCUUCUCACAAAGCUGAGAACAGGAUGAGCUUGCCAGCUGUAGCAGCUUGCAUGGCACCCUUACUUCUUCGUCCUCUUCUGGCUGGAGACUGUGAGCUUGGCAAUGAUUUUAAAAUGGGUGGGGAUGGUUCUGUUCAACUUCUGCAAGCUGCUGCUGCAGCUAACCAUGCUCAAGCCAUUGUAAUAACUCUACUAGAGGAGUACAGAAACAUAUUUCAGGAUGACCAGCUUCAGGAUGGUCCUUACUCUCCUGAAUCAUACUCUGCUUCAGAAGGGAGUUGCAGUGAGGAUGAUGAGGCCAGUGAUGAUGAUGAGUGCAAUUACUCGCAGCAUGAUCUUGAUGCAGAUACAGAAGAUGAUCCUGAACAUGUAUCAAGUGGAACUUGCAGUGAAAGCAGUGGAAAUGGAGGCAACAAUCUAGAUGAUUAUGAGGUUUCUGAAGGGUCUGACUCCGCUUACGAGUCUUAUGCAGUCAGUGAAGAUUCUGAUGCCAAUCAGGAGUCACCAAGUGAACAUCAGAGUUCAGUGCGUCAGGAUGCUGGUCUACAAAGCAAUAACAAUUUGAAGGUUGAAGAAAAUAUCAGUUCGGCAGUGUAUGCUACUGAGUCUUGUGAAUCUAUGGGAGACGUCCCUGCCUCAACAGUGGGAGAUAUCCCUGCCUCGACAACUUCAGUGCACCAAAAAACUGGUUACAAUCGGUCUUCAUCGAGUUCAAAAUCUACAAAUAAACAGGAUGGACCUGUGCCUUGUGCCAAACCUCGAACUGUUUGGGGGCGUACUGCUGCAAAGAAAAACCUUUCCACAGAAUCCAUUGACUCUCCAGGUGAAGACGAGGCUGUAAUUCUUAGGCUUGAGGUCGCUAAAAAUGACUUACAAAAUAGAAUUGCAGAGGAGGAAAAAGGGAAUGUGAUCCUGAAAGCAAGUCUGCAGAGACGAAAGAAGGCUUUGCAUGACCGUCGUUUGGCUCUUGAGAGAGAUGUAGCAAGACUACAGGAACAGUUGCAGAGAGAGAUGGAUUUGAGAGAAGCUUUGGAAGCUGGGCUUGGUAUCUCCCCUGGGCAUUUACCUUUCUUGGCCACUAUUGAUUGCACGAUAAAGGCAGAUCUCGAGGAAAUAGCUGUUGCAGAAGCAGAUGUUAUUAAUUUGAAUAAAAAAGUUGCUGAUCUCCAUGUGCAGCUUGACCAACAAUGUCAGAAAAACCAUGGGUCUGUAAAAGACUCACACAACCAGAAGCAACAAACACCAGAUCGUCAAGCAGUGCUGAAUGAUAAUCAACAGAAAGCUAUUGAAACUGCAGAACCUGCACACCCUCAUAAAAGGACAAAAAAUACUAGUUUGGAUGGAGCAGACAGUGUGAAUAUGAGGACGCAAGAAUGUCAAUCUUCAUCAAGCAAGCAAGCACCUCACAAGAAGCUUCUUGAUUCAAUAUAUGACAACCUUACCAAAUCUAAGGGGGUCCCUGCUACUUCAUCUGCUGUGCUGCCAGUGGUAGUUGAGCAUACUGCUUUGUCCAACUCCAAGAAGUCUGGCAAGAAGGAUGAGAAUACUAAAGUGGCUCUGGCGGACUAUGAGAAUUUUUUGGCACAAGAGCCACCAUCUUUAUCAAACAAGCAACCACCCAAGAAGCAGCAUCUAGGUUCUAAUAGACAAAGCAAUACUAGAUCUGAUCCACCAUCUUUAUCAACUAAGCAACCGUCUCAGAAGCAGCAGCUAGAUUCAACUAGUCAUAACAGCACUAAAUCUGCUGGAAUAUCUGCCGCUUCAUCUGCAGUGGAGCCUAUUGCUUCGUCUAACUCUAAGACAUCUGGUUCAAAGGUUGAGGGAACUGUCUCCACAUCUUCUGCACUGACAAAAUUGACAACCCGACUCAACUUCUUGAAAGAACGGCGCAACCAGAUCGUCAAUGAGCUUCAAAACCUAGACAAGGGUCGUGGAUCUGAGGGUCAAUCAGUCAGUGCUCCUCCGAGGAUGAAUUCCAGAUAAUGCAAACACACAUGGUGGACCAAAAAAUUGUGAUCUUUCUGUAUAUUCUUCCAGCCUCUGCAACUCUAUCCCUCAUGCCCUAUGUAAAUGAAUCUGCCUAUGUCUUGAUAGAUUUUACUAUUUGUUUAGCAAGGACAAGUGUAUGAGUAGGAUCACCUAUUUCUACUUUGGGGCUUGGCUAGGAACUUUAUAAGGUUGCUUCUCAUCAAGGGUGCCUGAGGUCGAGAGCAGAACAUAUAAUGAUCAUCUUUGUCAAUGGAGCAAAUUGAAUUAUUCAUUUCUCAUGUUCUUGACUCCCAAAAAGUGUAUGGGAAAGCUCAAAUAUAAAAUUCUAAGCAUUUAUGGUGAA